AUGGACAGUGAAUUCUUAUACGUCUAUAGCUGUGACCUCGCAGUGAACGUGCAAUUACGAAUCGGUUCUUUGGAAGGAAGUGUUUCGCUGUUAGAUAAAUCUUAUCGUGUUUUGGGUGGCAAUUUCUUCAUUACCGCUGCGGUUUAUUGUCAUAAACGACAAGUGGGAGUACCAAUUUGGACGUCCUAUAAAUCCCCACCAAAUCAUGUUCGUACGACGCUUUAUUCGUGGGAUGAAUGGAUUGUGCUACCUGUCAAAAUAAGCGAGCUGAGUCUUGAUUCAUUCAUCCAUGCGUGCCUGUGGGAUGUAACAGAUGGCCUAGAAGCACGAUUUAUAGCACAUUCAUCUGUUUCGCUGUUCAGCAAACGUGGAGUAUUUCGAUCCGGUACCAUUGCACUAAAAAUGGAAGUGGCUACAAAACCUGAUGAUUAUUUGAGUCCUCCUUUAUCAUCUAAGUUUACGAAACAGACAGGUGUUGAUCGUUUACAAAAACGAACGAAAGAAUAUGGUGAGAGAUUGAUCGAGCAUGUUGAUUGGCUUGAUCGACUUACAUUUCCACGCAUUGAACAGAUCAAGAAGGAGCGUGAAGUCGAACAGCGCUGCUUGUAUUUAAUUGUCGAAAUGGCUCGAUUUGUUUGCGGGGACUCCACAUUUUCUGUAGUUUAUUACGAUGAUGAAGAGAGGUUUAAAAGACGAAGUAUUUAUCCAUUAAUCGAUCCAGAGAUGGACUUUGAAAAUGUUUGUGAACUCAAACAUCACAUGAUGACACGUUCUUCACGUGCUGGUGUCAUUGAACGUGAACUUAAACCAAAUGCUUCUGCACGUCGCUACCUGGAAAGGAUUGUCCGGUUACCACCGGCGCACGCAAUAAACUCUGAAGAGCGUGAUUUAAUAUGGAAAUUUCGAUAUUUUCUUCGGAACAAUCGUAAAGCAUUACCAAAAUUUGUUCGCGCAGUGGCUUGGAAUAAAAGUGAAGAGGCAGCGUAUGCUUUGGUCCUUGUGAAUGAAUGGUCGCCACUGGAAGCCAGUGAUGCUUUGGAACUUCUUUCGCCAACAUUUCGACACGCUGAACUACGCCGCUAUGCGGUAUCACGUUUAUCACACGCUAAACCUGAACACAUUCUAUUAUAUUUGCCGCAACUUGUGCAGGCGCUUAAAUAUGAGCGAUUCAUAAUGGAUGCUGCCAAAGAUUUGGAGAAGCAAAAAGAAAUUCGAAAGAAAACUAAUGAUACCAAAAGGGAGAAUGGUGGUCAAGAAAUACAUAAUCAACAAACGGUUGAACAAGCUAUGCAAAAGUGCUUAACAGGCGAUGAUCUUACGUCAUUUCUGAUACGUUCUGCUUGCAGUAAUCCAUCUAUCACUUAUUACCUCUAUUGGUAUCUCAAAGUUGAGAUAGAAGCAACAGCGCAAGUCGAUACACUUAUGUCACGCAUGUACACCUACGUUUUGUCACUGUUAUUAUCAUCAUUACGAAGUGGUGGUAGCGAUUUGAGGAGGCGAGCUGCUUCACUUGAUCAGCAAGAGAUUUUAAUUGAAAUCCUAGUGUCGAUGGCUAAGCUUGUAUCACAAGAAAGUGGCGGACGAAGUCAAAAAGAAAAAGCUUUGCGACGUUCUUUACGCGAACAACAUGAUUUGCUUAAUCUUUGCGGUCUUCCACUACCGCUAGAUCCAACGAUACGUGUAAAUGCACUGUUACCCGAUACGGCUACACUUUUCAAUAGCAAUCUGAUGCCAAUGAAACUCACAUUUAAAACUGAAAAUAACGGAAAUUAUGUGACAAUUUUCAAACGAGGCGACGAUUUAAGGCAAGAUCAAUUGAUCGUACAAAUGAUUCGUUUAAUGGAUGAUUUACUUCGAUCAGAUGGUCUCGAUUUACGUCUAACACCGUAUUCGGUUCUUGCUACAUCUACUUCUGAAGGAUUUGUUCAAUUUAUUAAAGCAAUUCCGCUUCGUGAAGUGAUUUCGAAUUGGGGUACUGUUCAGGAGUGUCUUCGAUCAUUUCGUCCUUCUCCUGGUGGACCGUUUGGAAUUGAAACAGAAGUUGUUGAGAAUUACAUUCGUUCUUGCGCUGGAUAUUCGAUUAUUUGCUAUAUAUUGGGAAUUGGUGACCGACAUUUGCACAAUCUUUUGCUGUGUGAAAAUGGAAAAAUGUUCCAUGUUGAUUUUGGUUAUAUCCUGGGAAGAGAUCCGAAACCCUUCGCUCCGCCACCAAUGAAAUUGACUAGUGAAAUGGUUAAUGGUAUGGGCGGAUUGCACAGUAGGGAAUGGAAAGAAUUUCGAGGAUUUUGUUUCUCAGCAUUUCGCAUUUUACGACGACAUGCUAAUGUUGUUCUGAAUUUAUUUUCACUGAUGUUGGAUUCUGGAAUACCGGAUAUUUCAAUUGAGAAAGAAAAAGCAGUGCAGAAAAUUGAACAGAGAUUCCACUUGACAUUGACCGAUGAACUGGCCGAACAAAAAAUUGAACAUCUUAUUGAUGAAUCAGUGAAUGCAAAAAUAACGAAAUUUACCGACAUGGUACAUGAUGUUCAUCAGUUGAUUAUUAAUUAA